AAUGAUCUCCCUGACCAUCCCGUCGCUUCUACUCAUUCCCUAACCAGAUCGAGAUACCCCAUUUUUAGAAAUCAGUGAUUCCCCGCUCUCCGAGCCAAGCCGUCACAAAUUUUGCUUCCCAGGUGACUCGGUUCCCCACACCGUGGAAGUUUCUGUGCUGUUACUGGUUACUGGGUGGCUGACAUUCAAUCCGCGAAUGUCGAAUUGAAACGAAACAUCUGCAAAUUGCAGAAAUAUUUCCAGUGAACGAUGACACCGAUUUGCAUAUCAGUGCAGACCUGAAAAUGUCACUCGUCACCCCUGGUUCAAAAAAAUCGGAACUUUAUCUCGGUUACGGACCGCCAAUUCAAUUCGACGAUAACCAGGUUGCGUUUCGGCUGCGUUCGUCAUACACAGGUUCAACGAACUCCCCGUCAUUUCCCACUCCUCCGUUGAUAGCGUUCCGGACUCUAGAGAAAGCGCUUGGGUUCCUAGGCACCUGUCUGCAGCGCUCCGACGACGGGCGAUAA